GCAGUUCCUGUGUUUCUGAAAGUUUAGUGCAUAAGUCAUAAAGUGUCAUAUUACUCACUAUGCUGCCUCUGCUGAUGUUUUUUCCCAAAGGGCGAUGCCAACAGAUGAAUAUUCCUGAUGACCAAGCAGACAAGCUGCUCCUAGCAAGCUGGGGUCUUCCUGAAGUAGUUCUGGAGAAAUACCACAGUCUGGGAGUAGUACAUAUGUUUGCAUGGCAAGCAGAGUGCCUGAUGCUUGGACAAGUCCUGGAGGGGAAGAACCUAGUUUACUCAGCUCCUACUAGUGCUGGGAAAACACUAGUUGCUGAGUUACUCAUCUUGAAGAGAGUCCUGGAGACCCAUAAGAAAGCUCUAUUCAUCCUCCCCUUUGUCUCUGUGGCCAAAGAGAAAAAAUAUUACCUGCAGACUCUGUUUCAGGAGGUGGGUGUGCGGGUAGAAGGCUAUAUGGGAAGUACUUCCCCUGCUGGACGUUUCUCAGCACUAGAUGUUGCUGUCUGCACCAUUGAGAGAGCCAAUGGACUAAUCAAUAGACUCAUAGAGGAGAACAAGAUGGACUCACUGGGGAUGGUGGUUGUGGAUGAGUUGCACAUGCUAGGAGAUUCUCACAGAGGAUAUCUGCUGGAACUCCUGCUGACCAAAGUUCGAUUUGUUACAGAGAAAGUUGCUAAAAGACAGACAAAGGAGAACGGACCUGUUUUUGACAGCAUACAGAUAGUAGGCAUGAGUGCCACCCUCCCUAACCUGGGUCUUAUGGCUUCCUGGCUGAAUGCUGAGCUGUACUAUACUGAUUUUCGUCCUGUACCCCUUAUGGAGUGGGUGAAAAUUGGCCGUAAUAUUUAUGACUCUUCAAUGAAGCUGGUACGGGAAUUCCAACCCAUGCUGCAAGUGAAGGGAGAUGAAGACCAUGUGGUGAGCCUGUGUUACGAGACCCUUCGCGAUGGCCAUUCAGUCCUACUCUUCUGUCCAUCCAAGAAUUGGUGUGAAAAACUGGCAGACAUCAUAGCCAGGGAGUUCUACAAUCUGCAGGCUGAGAGGUUUACCAAAACCUCAGCACUUUCACCAGUUGCCUUGGACAAGGAAGGAAUAGAGGAGGUGAUGGACCAGCUAAGGCGCUCAUUAUCAGGUCUGGACACUGUGCUCGAGCGUACUUUACCAUGGGGAGUGGCAUUUCAUCAUGCAGGUCUUACUUUUGAUGAACGGGAUAUCAUUGAAGGGGCCUUUCGCCAGGGAUUGAUUCGAGUCCUGGCAGCAACAUCCACCCUUUCUUCUGGGGUGAAUCUGCCUGCACAUCGGGUAAUUAUCCGAACACCUGUGUUUGGUGGCAGACUCCUGGACAUCCUAACUUACAAACAGAUGGCUGGGAGGGCUGGCAGGAAAGGAGUAGACAUAGUAGGUGAGAGCAUUCUAGUGUGCAAGUCCUCUGAGAGAUCGAAAGGCAUUGCUCUGCUUCAAGGAUCACUCAAGCCUGUCCACAGCUGUUUGCUCAGAGGAGAGGGGGAAGGGGUUACCUCUAGCAUGAUACGAGCGAUCCUGGAGAUCAUAGUGGGUGGAGUGGCCAGCACUCCAGAUGAUGUGCGGACCUAUGCUUCCUGCACACUCCUUGCUGCCAGUCUGAAAGACAAAGAUCAGGAAAGUGAGAGAGAUGAAGACAGAGCUCAGAAUGGAGCUGUUGAGGCUUGUGUGAGAUGGCUGCUAGAGAAUGAGUUCAUCCAGAUUUUAGACUCUGGCAAUGGAAUUAAAGCAGAGGUCUAUCGUCCAACACAUCUUGGCACUGCUACUCUUUCCUCUUCUCUGUCACCAACUGAGGCCCUGGGAAUCUUUGCUGACCUCCAGAGAGCUAUGAAGGGUUUUGUCCUGGAAAAUGACCUGCAUAUUCUCUAUUUGGUCACUCCUGUGUACGAGGAGUGGACCACUAUUGACUGGUAUCAGUUUUUCUGCCUGUGGGAGAAGUUGCCUUCAUCUAUGCAGCGAGUGGCUGAGCUGGUGGGGAUUGAAGAAGGCUUCCUGGCUCGCUCUGUAAAGGGAAAAAUCAUAGCUAAAACAGAGAAACAGCACAGGCAAAUGGCCAUUCAUAAAAGGUUUUUCACCAGCCUUGCCCUACUGGAUUUAAUCAAUGAGAUUCCCUUGAAGGAUAUUACUAAGAAAUAUAACUGCAGUCGUGGCCAGCUUCAGUCCUUGCAGCAGUCUGCUGCCACCUAUGCAGGGAUGGUAACAGUUUUCUCUAACCGUCUGGGAUGGCACAACAUGGAACAGUUGCUCUCCCAGUUCCAGAGUCGCCUCACCUUUGGAGUCCAGAGGGAGCUGUGUGACCUGGUUCGGGUAUCUCUGCUGAAUGCGCAGCAUGCCAGAGCUCUUUAUAAUGCUGGCUUCAUCACAGUAGCUGAUCUUGCUAAAGGAAAUACUGCUGAAGUGGAAACUGCCCUGAAGAAUGCUGUACCAUUCAAAAGCAUUCGUAGGGCAGUGGAUGAAGAUGAAGAGGCAGCUGAGGAGCGUCGGAAUACCCACUGUAUCUGGAUGGUGGGAAUGAAGGGCUUAACCGAAAGUGAAGCAGCAUCCCUUAUUGUGGAGGAAGCUAGAAUACUUCUACAACAGGACUUGGCUGCGAUGGGAGUGCAGUGGAGCCCAGAUUCUUUUCUUGAGUCUGAUACAUCUUCCAUGACUAGCAGUGAAUCAGAGUUGGAGGAUAGAAAAUGUAAACCGAAUGGGGAGUGUUCACUAGGGAUUUUAAAAGUAUUCAGCAAUGAAGGGUACAGAAUUCUACCUGAUCAAGGCACCAAUUUUCAACCUGGGAAUUCUUCAAAUAUUAAAAAGGGAAAUAAAAGGCUGUUAAGUGCUAGUAUGUCAAACCCCAGACCCCAAAAUGAAUUGCAGGAAGAUCACACCCAGACAAAGGAGGUAAAUGGUGAUAUCGUCAAGUACAGUGCUAGAAAGCGGCCAAAUUUGGGCAAAGGUAAAGAAAACAGGGAAGUUACUUUUCUGACGAAAAGUGAGGCCGGCUCUGGGGCAACAACUCAAGAAUUCCCUACUGAGAAGAGAAAGAGACCAACUUUGAACUUCACUUCAUGGAAAACUUCUAAAGCAUCUGGGUACAGGAGGACUAUGGACACUAGUUUCAGUCAAAUUGAGGGCAAAAGCGCUGUUUCAAAACAGCAUCAGUUACUGCUUGAUGAACCAAGGCUGCACGGAACAGAGAUAAAUGGGCCUUCUGUAUCCAGUCAUAGCAAGUCUAAAGCUAAAUCUUUUUCAGAUCAAAAGAACAAGGAAUUUGGAGAAAACAAAUCAUCUGCUCACAAGCUCUUCACUGUCAAAGGCUCAGAAUCUUUACAGGUGGACAAAAUGCAACCAGAGAGCAAAGAGAUAAUGGAGGAAUUACUUACGGAGCCUUCCACUACUAAUAAAUUCAAUUCUAAAGAAACAGUGAAUUGUCUGGAAGAUACGGAUACUGUAGUGAGAGAUGCUCCACCCACAAAUAUGGAGACAGAUUAUACUAUGCGAGACCUGGGAAUUUCUAGCAGGUCAGCGAAAAAUGAAUACAUGGGUGUUAAACAGAGCAAAAUCCAACCAGUUAAAAACUGUGCUGAAAAGAUACCUGCCAAACAACAAAUGGUUCUAGGCACAGAUCUUUGUAAUGAUGGAAGCAGCAGUUCUGCAAACAUGCAUGUGAGCACUAGUGCUGGCAAACAGAAAGCUGUUUAUUUUUACCCUGAUGAAAAUAAAUCCUUUCAUUUUCAAAUUCAAAAUGACGGCAAAACAUUUACUGAAAAGCCCAAUGGAAUAUUGUUACAAAUUGGAGGCGUGGGUAAAGCAGAUAAUCAGCCUGAGGAUUUUCUGAAAGAUUCUACAGUAAAAUCCAGAGCUAUUUGUGUUGCAAAAGAUAUUAAAAAUGGUUAUUCUCCUGAUCUGUAUUCAGUUUCCAAAGAAUUUGAAGACAGCUUCCAGUUGGAUACACAGACUGACAGGAUAUUACAACAGCAGGUGGCAGCUGAAAUUGCAAGACAGCAGGGAGAAAAAGAAAAAGAGCGGGCAGAGAUACCUGUGCAGAAAAUCUCCAUGAAACUACACUGUGCCAGCACUUUACAAAAUGAAGAUGUUGCAAAUGAAAAGCUAGCUGCAGCACUUAGAAAAGUGGUCUGUUCAAAUCUUGGGACAAGAAAUACCACAGAUUUACAUUGCACUAAUGCUUUGGGCUCUAGAAGCCCUAAUUUACAGCCUGCAAUGAAAUGCACAGAAUCUGCAUUUUGCAUUAAAGGAAAUGAUUUUUCUUUCACUGACUCACAACUAUGUAGCUUUUUACAAGGUUAUCAGACCCAAAAUUCAGUGAAGGAAGGUGCUUCUAAAGAUCUUCAGAAGGCAGUCUCUCCUGCCAAUGGGCAGUGCCCUCACACUGUGCGUGUACAAGUUGAGUGCCAUCCCCAUCCUGAAACUAGUCUGAAUAUGAGUGACGGUUUACUGUUUGAUGAUAGCUUCAGUUAUGUCAAUGGCCCUCCAGAUAUGCACACAAGUGAGGCUGAAGGGGCAGAAUCUGGGGAACAGAAGGUUGUGACUCCUCCCCCUAAAGCCACUUCCAGCUCUUUUGCUGACAUUAUGCAUCAGCAGAACCUGGAGCCCAUUCAGGAUAUAUUAACUGUCAGUGUAAACUGGAAUGAGCAUCAGCAUCCAGCACAGUUUAAUGAUGCAUCUGUUAUGUUCUCUGAUAUAGAUUCUUUGCAGAUAGCAGAAGCUUUAGGUAAUGUUGACUUGCCUCCUUGUCAAGGAGACACUCCGUCUGCAGCUCUUGUUGAGCUAGGGUUAGGAAAACCAAGGCAUGAGGAGGAGGAUCCCAGGCCAGAGGACACAAGACUGGAUCAAGGUGAAAGGCCCCAGAAUGCCCAACAAGCUGUGGAAAAGAAUACCAAUCCAGUGGUGUGGUCUGAUCAUUCAUUUGACUUAAGCCCAGGGUUGCAAGAUAUUUUAGACAGAUGGCCUAGUCCUUCAGAUAAUAAACCUGUUGUUUUAAGUCCAAGAGUCUCCUCCUCAAAAGGAAAGUUGCUAAUCUCAAAUAGUAAACAAGAACCAGGUGCAAUUUCUGAAUUCAGCUAUUAUCAGAGAGAGUCAUUAUCCACUUGCCAGGGUUUAAAGAACUAUUUCAAAGUUAGAGAGAGCAAUAAGGAAGCCCUGGAUGUUCAGAAACCAGAUUAUAACCCUCUGCUGCUCAAGGGAAGCAAUAGAAUAUCUGACCCCCAGCCGGAUAUCAGCAAAGGACUUAUUCCUCCAACACGUCCUAAGGAAGCUGUUCCAAAAAGUUUUGGCACAUCUCUGACAUUUGGAAAAAACAAGAAUGUCAGCCACACAGAUGAAAUCCCACCUUUUCAACCACUGCAGAAUGGCAAACCUAGUUCAGACCACCAUAUAGAAACACUGCUAUGUAAGCCUGGUAAUGGAGACACAUGUGAGGUUUUGCUUGAGUCUAACCCUGUAAAAGACGAUUCUAUUAUAGACCCAGGCUUUUCAUUGCAAUUAUCUCCACAUGUUUUGCCACUUAUUUCAUGUAGUGCUGAGAGCUUCACUAUUAUUGAUGUGGCAAGUGACAAAGCUCUCUUCCAGACCUUCAUCAGAGAAUGGAGGAACAAUAGCAGAUUUGCCAUCUCGGUGGCUUGUGAAAGAACAAAUUGUCUCUUGUCCCCCAAGUCAACUAUAGGCGGCAGAUUCAAACAAGUAAGAUCUCCCGAGCGGAUCCAGGUUAAAGAUGAUGGAUUUCCCAUCAAAGGCUGUGAAGACAUCUUGGUAGUUGGAUUGUCUGUAUGCUGGGGUGGAAAUGAUGCCUACUAUGUCUCAUUGCAGCAGAAACAAGACGACCAGACUGAAAUCAGUGCCAGCUUGGCACCACCUCCUUUGGAUCAGAACCUGUCUGUGACUGAGAGAUUAUGUCAAGUACAGUCUUGCUUGCAGAAGGAAUCUGAGAGCACACACUCACUUGUCAUGUACAACCUCAUCCAGCACUAUAAGACCCUUCUGCUGGCUUGUGGCAUCUCCCUGGAAGGAAGUUUCGAGGACCCAAAGGUAGCAUGCUGGCUGCUGGAUCCUGGCUCUAAGGAGCGUACCCUUCACAACAUGGUAACCAACUUUCUCCCUCAUGAACUACCCUUGCUUGAAGGGGUGGGAACUGGCCAAGGAGUUCAGAGCCUGGGACUUAGUGCCAAUGCUGAUUACUCUGGCCGGUACCGAGCAGCCAUAGAAUCUGUGCUCAUCUUCAACAUCAUGAACCAACUCAAUGCCUUGUUGCAGAAGGAAAAUCUAACAGAUGUUUUCCAUAAAGUGGAGAUGCCCACCCAAUACUGCUUGGCCCUGCUGGAACUGAAUGGAAUAGGUUUUAGCACAGCAGCAUGUGAGACCCAAAAACAUGUCAUGCAAGCUAAACUGAAUGAGAUUGAGGCCCAGGCUUAUCAAAUGGCAGGCCACAGCUUCUCUUUGACCAGCCCUGAUGACAUUGCAGAGGUCUUGUUUUUGGAGCUGAAAUUGCCACCAAAUGGAGAUGUGAAAAUACAAGGGAACAAGAAAACUCUGGGUUAUACCAGAAGAGCUACUGCUAAUGGAAACAGGGUCAGGUUGGGCAAGCAGUUCAGUACAACCAAGGAUGUUUUGGAAAAAUUAAAGGCCUUUCACCCAUUACCGGGCCUGAUUCUAGAAUGGAGGAGGAUCACCAAUGCAAUGACCAAAGUAGUGUUUCCACUGCAGAGAGAGAAACGUUUGAAUCCUGCAUUGGGGAUGGAGAGGAUCUAUCCUAUAUCUCAGACUCACACUGCUACAGGUCGCAUAAGCUUCAUAGAACCUAAUAUCCAGAAUGUGCCAAAAGACUUUGAGAUUGAAAUGCCAACCUUGGUUGGAGAGAGCCCACCAUCCCAAGCACGAGUUUGUGGCGCUACUUUUCCUGGGGGCAGAGGUAGAAAGCGGUGCAGUACCUUGCCUUGUGGCCUCAAGGUUCUGUCUGAUGAAGGAACCAAAGAAAGAGGGAUGCCAUUUUCUGUUAGCAUGAGGCAUGCUUUCGUUCCUUUUCCAGGAGGUUUAAUCUUGGCUGCUGAUUACUCCCAACUCGAGCUGAGGAUCCUUGCUCACUUAUCAUGGGACCGCCGGCUCAUUGAGGUCUUGAACAGUGGAGCUGAUGUCUUCAAGAGCAUUGCAGCUGAGUGGAAGAUGAUUGAUGCUGAUGCUGUUGGAGAUGAGAUAAGGCAACAAGCCAAGCAGAUUUGCUAUGGAAUCAUCUAUGGAAUGGGAGCUAAAUCUUUAGGAGAACAGAUGGGUAUUGAGGAAAAUGAUGCUGCCUGGUACAUCGAAUCCUUCAAAUCCAGAUACCCAGGGAUUCAAAAAUUCCUGAGGGAGACAGUGAAGAAAUGCAGCAGGGAUGGUUUUGUGCAGACCAUCCUCGGGAGGCGCAGAUACCUGCCAGCUAUCAAAGAUCCAAACCCUUACAGCAAAGCUCAUGCAGAGCGCCAGGCUGUGAACACAGCAGUUCAGGGUUCUGCUGCUGACAUUGUCAAAACAGCCACUGUGAACAUUCAGAGGCGGCUUGAUGCGUUCCCCUCAGCAGUGAAAUCCCAUGGACAUCUGGAGAGCUCAUUUCAGAGCAACAGGGCAGGAAGGUUGGAAAGGAGAAGAAACAGAGGGAUGCUACAGAGUGGAGGUUUCUUCAUCCUCCAGCUCCAUGAUGAGCUCCUCUAUGAGGUUGCAGAAGAUAGUGUAAUUCAGGUAGCUCAGAUUGUCAAAUUUGAGAUGGAAAAUGCCAUAAAACUCUCAGUAAAGCUGAAUGUUAAAGUGAAAAUUGGGCCUAGCUGGGGAGACCUGCAGGAGCUGGAAUUGUGAGCAUGAAACAAGACCCUCUCACAGGGAUGAAACUUCAUGCUCCAUGGACUCUACGAGGCAGGUGCCAAUUUACACAGGUGGAGACAUUAUUAACUGCACACUUCUUAGUAAAGCCAGCAAGUUGGUAGCUAAUUGGUGCUUUUCUUUUUACUAAGCAUUUUACAGACUGGCUUCUUAAAUGUGUUUUGAAAGCC